UCUUUUUCACAAGGAAGCUCUACCAAUUCACUCGAGAGUAUUUCAUUAGCAUUGUGCAUAAUACUUGCUUGGUUUGGCAAACAAAACGCGCCCAAAAAUGGACUUUGAUUUCAACUAGGCCAGAAGAGGAUAGAAAAACAAGAAUGGAGAGUUCAGCAGGCAGGCCGCUGCUGCCCACCGGCGGCGGUACGGACGGCGAGAUCAGGGUGUACCGGUGGAGAUGGUACAUACUGACUGUCAUCACUCUCCUCAACAUUUCCAAUGGAGCUUUAGCGAGUUGGUUCCAGCCAGUAGCGGACACCACAGCACAGUUCUAUGGUGUGGAACUGAGUGAGGUGAACUGGCUGUCCCUGGCGUUCCUCCUGACAGCCGUGCCGCUCGGGUUCGCUGCCACCUGGGUACUGGACGUGAUCGGGCUCAGGGCUGGCAUCAUCCUUGGAGCAUGGAUCCAGGCUGCUGGUGCGGGCAUUACCGCCAUCAGCACGUUACAUGACAUCCCUCCCUCCUACCGGUUUGUUCUGGUCGUAGCUGGACAGGUGGUUGCAGCCACAGCCCAGCCUCUCCUCAGACAGAGCCCGGCUAAGGUGGCAGCGACAUGGUUCGCAGACAACCAGAGAGCAACGGCCAACAUGAUCAUAUCCAUGGGCAGCCCGAUUGGAGCGAUUGUGUCCAACCUUGUUGGCCCUCAGGUGGCCAGACCAGGUGACAGACAUAGUCUGCAGCUUCUGGUGUCUCUCUAUACUGUUAUACCCUGUUUGACUGUCCUCAUGGCAACAUUUGGAAUCUGCAGCAGCAGCCCGCCUAGCCCUCCAUCUAUCAGUGCUGCCAAGGGCACACAGCCUUUCUUACAAGGCCUGAAAAUGCUUUGCAGGGAUGUGCAGUACUGGAUCCUGAUGUUGACAUUUGGUGCUGGGAUGGGGACUUUUCAGACUUUUGUUUCUGUCAUCGAGCAGGUGUUUUGUCCACGAGGGUAUACUGACACCUUUGCUGGUAUCUGUGCUGCCCUGAUGGUCCUGCUGGGCAUGGUUGGAGCUGGAGCAGCAGGAGUUCUCUUAGACAGGACCAAACGGUUUGAGGAGAUAAUCAAGUUGUCAGCCGCUAUUGGGACAUUGGCCCUGAUAGCUUUUGCAGUGUUAAGCAAUUAUCCUGGAGUAGAGGUACCUUUGGCCAUCAGUGCGAGUGUGUUUGGAGUCACUGCCUUUGCCAUGUACCCGACUGCCUUGGAACUGUCUGUGGAAAUAACUUAUCCAGUAUCAGCUGCGACCAGCUCAGGUCUGCUCAUCGUGUGCGGAAACUUACAGGCCAUCAUCCUGACUUUCAUGGCUAAGUACAUCCCUCCCCCACUGCCUCCCAGUCAGACAAGUCAUGCCCACUGCGGAAAAGUCGUGCCACGGGAUUUUAAAGUGAUGAUGCUUGUUUUUGCUGGCUGGAUGACAGUUGCCUCUGUCACAUUGUUACUUGGACUGAAGCCAGUCUACAAGAGACUUCAGGUCGAAAGAACAGAAGCCAACAACUCCAUCAACACAGACCAGCCAAGUCCUACAACGUGACAUGACUGAUGAUGUCAUUAUGUUGCAAACACAAUGUGUUGUGGGUGAAAUACUAUAGCAGUUUGGGAGAUCUCUACAGAUGCAAGAAGAAAUCAGAGAUUUCAGACAUUGUGGAAAUAUUUUCAUUUUCCUGAAUUCAUUGGAACAAUCAAGGAAAUUGUAUGAUGCACUUAAAUGGAGACUAGGACAGAAACUGAAUUCCCUGCACCCUAUUUCCCAUCAAUCCUGCUUGAAGAGAGAGGGAGAGUACUUAGUCUAGUAAUAGUUGUCCACCCAACCAAUAGCACAAUGUCAAUGAUCAUGCUGAAGUUGAAGAAUAUAGGUUUGCUAUCCACAUGGACAACAAAUUAAUAAUGAUGUUAGAAAAUUGGUGCCUUUCAUGCACUAAUCUAAUAUUUGUGUGAUUGGAACGGACUGUUGUAGAGAAUACUGAAUGAGAUACUUAUGUGAAAAUAAUGAAUAAUGUUACAGUAAUAUUUCUAUUUAUAUGAAAGUAUGAUUUAAGGACAAAAUCCACAAAAGUUUGAGAAGACA